GAUAAAGCAUCUAUUGGGCUUAGACUGAAAAUGGCGGCAUUAACAAAGGUAAGUGGUAGUAAGAAGAGCAGUUGGGACUUAUGAUAGGGAUAGAUAAGGGUGGGAGGAAAAAACUUUGCUAGAAGCUUGGAAGCAAGUGAAUUGGAAAGAUUCUAUUAGAGAAUCCACUGAUGGGUAUAAAAGACAGCAGUAUAUCUUAGAACUUAACGGUGUCCCCUAUGUUGGACUUAAAGAAAUUAGCUUCUGUUGGACUAGUAUAUUCCCCAGCGUGUGUCUGAAAUAUCGGUGCCACACUCCUAGUUUUUUCUAAUGAAUUCCCCUAAGGCAGAGGAUGAUGCUAGAAGAUCACUUGAACGAGCUCAGUGGGUUCGAGCAGCUAUUCUAGGGGCUAGUGAUGGUCUGCUUUCGACUACAUCGCUGAUGCUUGGUGUGGGAGCGGCAGCAGAAGAUGGAGGAUCCAUGGUUUUAUCUGGAUUAGCUGGAGCUCUUGCAGGUGCGUGCAGUAUGGGUGUUGGCGAAUUUGUCUCUGUCUCAACCCAACGAGAUAUUGAAAAGGCAACUCUUUCUAAACAGGAUGCUCCCGCAGGGUCUCCGAGCAAAGAAGAUAUUGAAGCAGCAGAAAGUUGCAGUUCACUCAAUGAAGAUAUCGAAGUGAUUGUAAUUACAAACCCCUACAAGGCUGCAGCUGCAUCAGCUGUGUCAUUUUUGUUGGGUUCAUCUGUGCCAUUGGUGCCUGCCAUUGCUGUUACCGGAAAUGCAACAAGUAGAAUUAUGGUGAUUAUGGUGGUUGCAUCGGCCGCGUUGGCUCUAUGUGGGGGUUUUGGAGCUUAUCUUGGUGGUUCACCCAUUAGGAUGUCUGCUGCAAGACUAGUGGUUGGUGGUUGGUUUGCCAUGGCAGUCACUUAUGGCUUGCUUAAGGUGGGCUACGACGUUGAAUGAGUAUGGGAAGCUUCAAUUCUCACAAUCUUCUUAAUCCUGAUGAGACUACUAGGAAACAGCUCACCUAUACUCGGUCAUGUCAAGAAAGAGCUGAUGAUUCUUGCAUGCUAUAUUGCAUCGAAACUUGUAGAAUCAAUUUUAUUUUCGUUUUCGAAAGUACUUCUAUAGUUCCAAAUUUCUAUAUAUAAAAUCUAUUAUGAUAAAAAUAUCAUAUUUUGUUUAUGUAUUUUCCGUUUUGCUCUUUCAUCUAAUGCGUCAUAACUUAAUGCGUCAUAACUUAUAAUCAUUGAUCCUUAGUUAUUAAUUAGACGUAUGGGAGGUGUGUUUAUAGAUAGUAGUCCCCAUAUUGAAUCGAACUAAAUGAGAUUGGAAAUUACAUAAAUAUAUAUAAUGCAGUUACGUAUAUGACAAGGCAGCAUGCUUUUGUUGAAAUAUUAAUAAUAAUAAAAGAACUGUAGAAGAAGAUAAGACAUGGCAAGAUGCUAAUUUGUAACUGCUAUAUAUGAAGCCUAUUAAAGGCUGUAGAAGACUUUCACAUUCCAACCAUUUAAGACAGCAAGCAGAACAAAAAACCGAAUGAUUCGGAUAAAUAUGCAAAAGCUAGAUCAGAUUACAGGAGUCUGAAUUUCAAUGUUAGAAGAAGCAGAUGAUGAUGAUAAUACAGAAAGAGAAACAGGAGUUUGUUUCGAUCUUGGCAAGACUGGAUCGCUUGGAAGACGCUAUAAUUAAGAAAUAUAGUUAUCAUCAUAUUCAGUUGGAGGAUCAGGAGAGGCCAUUAUUAGCAGCAGAUAAAUGGAAGAGUUUGUCCUGUGCACUAGAGGAAGUUGAUCGGAAAGGCAACAUCACCGAAAGAUUGCAAAACCUAGAGAAUCGACUGCUGCAGUUGAAUAAGAAGAUGGAAACAUCAAACACUAUAUACACAUCAGGCUUCCAACAAGCACCAACUGUUUUAGCAGAGACUGUAAGCUGUAUGAAGAAGAAGAACAAGAAGAAGAAGAAAGAUUUUGCAAUCAUAAGCCGAGAGCAGGAGGCAUGGGCAUGGUCAAAUAAGUCCAAAAAGCUCAACAAACCAAAAUGGUUUCCAUGCUUUUCAACUAAAAAUGGAGACAUCCACCUUCUACAUAAUGCAAAACUUGAUCAAAUAUAAUAUAGUCUCACUCAUCAUCUGCUUACCAUAUCAAAGUCUAGCCUGAAAGUUUUGAUUUUAUUUGUAAUUUUUAUAAUUAAAUGAAUUGAUGAAAAAAUUUAUAGUGAAUGAUGGAUUCCUUAGGACUUUGGUGAGCCGAUUUUAUGCAUAAUUGCUUGUAUAAAGUCUAAAAUUAAACGCAAGUGUGAAUCGAUUUUUAUCA